UUCUCUGGUCACGUGCCGCGCGUUCUACUUAUUGGUUGGUGAAAUGUUGAGGGGGCUUGUGGAGGCGUGUUUCUGAUUGGUCAGUGUUUGUGGGCGGUGCCUCCUGGUUAGUAUAAAAUCAAACUCGUUAAAGGGGAAGCUAAUGGCUUGAUAACAUCAGUUGGAGCACGAGGGUGAGGGCAUAGAGUCAGUGUUUGUGGCAUGCCACAGGUGCCACAAGCUGGCAGGAACUGACUAGUCCAGGAGCUCAAAGUUCAGCUCCUAAACUAUAGACAUAUAGAAGACCUGCGCUGAUGGAUCUGGACAGGAUGUAAGUACCAAUGCAUCAGAUCCCUGAAGAAACCCAAUCAUCCGGAUCGCCAUGCAGCGUGGCGCCUGCUUCGCCAGCUAUGAGGAUUUCAAGGAGCGCUUUACUGCAUACCAGGACGAGACCAAAUCCAGCUACAGCAUUCAGAGCAGCGUGUCUGUCCAGCACCACAACAGCCGCUUCAGCACCAGUAUCCGCCCGGACGUAACGUUCACAGAGGUGAAGUUUUGUUGCUCCAACCUCCAAAGGCACAAUGGUAAAAGAAAGCCCCAAGAUGGUGUCUGUCCAGCCUAUUUCUUUCUGCAGUAUGAUAUGGACCUUGAUUGUUUGGUGGUUAAAGAAGAAUGUUUGACUCACUUCCAUACUAAUAUGACAAACCCAUCUCCAGCAUCUCUCGUUCAUCCAUUUGAAGCAGGAGAACAUGAGCCACCUGACUUAGAGGUCCCCUCUAAAAAGACUUGCAACAAAAGUCCAUCACUGUCUGUCAAGAAGGAAAAUGACCAGGGCACAGUUCCACAAGAGAUUCCAUCUCCAUGUGAGCCCCAGAGUAAUAUGCCUGUAGAAAUGCAAGAUAUUGGUGAAGGCCAUAGCAAAUGUUCAUCUGCUACCAUUGAACACUCCAGUCCUCAACCAUUAUCCAUAGAUAUUUUAAACCUCGACAACAUCAUGAAAGACUUUCAAAAAGCAAAUGCUGGCUCACAAGCCUCACUGACCACCGGAGGUCAAAACCAACCAGAGCAGCUAUCCUUUCAAACACCUAGCAUGACUAGCUGGUUCCUAAAGUUCCCAGAGAGCCUUUUGCUCCACAGGGUUUCCAGCAAACAUGGCUACAUUGUGUAUGCUUUCCUAGUGGAAACCAAAGAGCGCCUGUGUAAAAUAGUUCACUUUUCUUUUGUAGAAGAAGACAAUGCAAAAAACGUCUCCAAAAUGCUGGAAAUGUUUAAACUUUUUAAUUCUGAAUGGCCAAAGGUAAAGUUUAUCCAGAUAGAUGUAGCUUUUGGGCAAAUGGAUCCUCUAAAGGAAGCAUUUCCAUCGGUGCAGGUCUUGCUCUCGGUGUAUCACACGGCACGUCUCAUUGAAAGAAAAAUCAAAGGACCCGCUGACUUUAAGAUUUGUGUCCAUAAGUGGCUUGAGGAAGCAGUCUGCAAUACAACUCCACAGAAGCUAAACUUCUUGGCCGAGAAACUUGAGCACAAAUUGGACCGAGAUCUGUAUGCUAAACUUUGCAAAGACUGGUUUUCCAAUGAGCUUCUGUGGUACACGCAUGUAAAGAAAGGCGCGCAUUCUUGCAGCACUUACAUGGAGAGCAUAGGCAUGAUCGAUGAGGCCAUCUCCAGUUGUAUGGUGAGACACAGCUCAAUGGAAAACGCUAUCCAAGACUUUCUUAAAUCCGCAGAUGGUUUCAUCAACAAAGGGCUAGAGAUGGGUGGUUCCAAGAACGCUCCCAAAGCACGAGCCAAAAAGAAUCUAAAAAAACUAUACCCGAUCCUGCCUGCGCUUCAGGCUCCUCCACCUGUUUCCGAGGUCUCCACUAAACACAUGAAGGACACCGGGCAAUCAAAUAAAAAGAGCACUCUGGACAAUGAAUCCAUUCUGCGCCCUACGUUGGGUGUCUGGAGGCCAAUUAGGCUGCCCAAUAAAAUGUUACUGUCCCUGAAAGAGUUCUGCAAUGACGUUGGCUUUCAGCUGUGUGUCAGAGAGUGGGAAGUAGUUCAGAGAUCCGUUCAUCUGAUCAGUGAGCAGACAGAUUUCACUGCUGUCCAGAUGCUAGAAGAGACCCACAGGGUGUCUUUAAGUGGCCACUCCUGUACAUGCUAUUUUAACACGGGCUAUAGAUUGCCAUGUCGUCAUAUAUUGAGUAUGCUUUAUUCAUACGAAAAGCCAAUAGAGGAGGACAUGGUUAGUUUCAGGUGGCGUAAGAACUAUGUGAAACCCAUAUUGGACUCCAAGCUGUAUGGUAAGGUCCUGCGCCAUACUAAAAGAAAGUCUGAAACCAUGGCAAGACUCCACCUGAUCAAGAGCCUGAUGAAGGAAUUCAGUAAUCUCCUUGUGGGAUGUGAUGCAUCAGAAAUGCAAGUCAGGGUUUCUACGUUACAGAUGAUAGUUGAUACGUGGCACAAUGACCCAAGUGGCAAGAAAGAGUAUCCGAUGCAAGAUAUGGCGAUUGAGCUUCCAUACCGAUGGGUGAAGAAAGAGCCAAUAGAGGAGGAAAAUGGUUCUGGCUACGAGCUGUGUCGGUUAGACCCUGAACAACCUGAGUGGAAAAUGACUUGUCCAGAUCUAUAGUAGAUAUUUGGUGAACUUGUUUCUUUCAAAAACUGCGCCUUACAAUUACCUUAAAGGGCAUCUGUCAGCAGAUGUGUCCCUAUGACACUGGCUGACCUGUUACAUGUGCACUUAGCAGCUGAAGGCAUCUGU